CUUGUCACAAUCCUUUUGUCAUGCGAAAUCACCUGUUGAUUGAAGUGUUUUCUUUGAACAAACAAUAAUAAUAACAUGAACUGAUAUAACACCAUAGCCCAGCACUAAUGGCAAGCUUACAAAGAAUUUAAUAAAUAAACACAAUAAAUAAGUUUUUUUUUAAAUGAAUAAAACACAUGUCGUUGCUCUAAAGAUGACUUCUAGUACUUCAAACAAAACUCUAGGGAAGAUGCUGGUCAAAGCUUAUAUCUUCAGAUCAUACAGUUAUUACAAUUAAUCAAUCACUAAUCAAGAAUGUAGACAACACAGUCAAAAUAUUUAUCUACAUGAUCACCAAGCAGAGAGACAUCCCAUUUAAACAUGUGACUGUAUAGCGAUGGUGGAAAGGUAGUACAAACGAAGAAACCUUCAGUGCGUUGUUUAGAGAUAACAGUUUUAAUCAGAAGAUAAAAAAAAAUUAAAGGCCACAGGCAGGUAAACAGUUUAUUAUAAUUUUGAGGACACCAUCAACAAGUACAGGUCAACACAAUGCCACUAAAUGCACAACAAGUAAAAUCAAAAUUAAAAACAAUAACUGCGAUGUCGUAUAUUGUAACAUCAACAACACCCAGGUCAAGGAUGCUUUGUUAUGGUUUGAUGUGUGUGUUCUUACAGUGGGUAUGAAUGGGUGGAUGAGGCUGUGAUGAUACACUAUCUAAAAAAAUCCCUUGCCCUUGUUAGCUCGGGUAUUUAAUCAUGCGUGAUUUUAUCUUCAGACAGCCUAUAUAUUCCACAACAGUGGGAAUCUCUUCAAACGUAGUCAUGCGUGUACUAGCUUAAUGUUCAGCUUUCUUCGUUCACUCUAGAAACAUGUUGAAGACUGUGCUUCCCCGUCUUGUGAACACGACUUGUGUUUGCCGGUGGCCAUGUCUACAUCCCGUGUCACUGUCGUCAGUUCCGUCAGGGAGGAGAACGUCAGACGGCGCGAGGACGUCUGGGACACGAAGAGAGAUGCCAGACAAUACCACAGACAUCAAGACACCUUCCUUUCAAUACUUCUGGCAGCCAGGUUCUGGUUACUAUGAAGAAAGUCUCGGAAGACUGUCAAAACCAAUCACUGACAUCUGUGAAGAUUUUGUUUUAUCUCAUAUAGACGCCGUGCCGGUGCCUUCACCAACAGGAGUCUUCACCAUUGGUGACUAUGGAACCUGUGAUGGGUCGGUGUCCCUGCAACUGAUACACAAGAUCAUCGACCACUUAAGAAACAAACAUGGACCCGACCUGAAGAUUCAGGUGUUGUACGAAGAUCACCCAUCCAGCGACUACAACAGUCUCUUCAAAACUAUUUACGGUCAAACAUCAUACCUAUCCAAGUUCAACAAUGUGUUCCCUAUUGUCUGUGGCACUAACUUCUACAAGCAGUGUGUACCUGACAACACCUGUGAUGUCAUUAUCUCCUUCAUAGGUGUUCAUUUUUUGAGUGAGGAGAGUUAUGUGAGAUGCUCCAAUACAAUUUUCCCCUGGCGGUCGACAUCAGAAGAGGAGAUGCGAGUUCAUCGCGAGGCUGCAGCACGUGACUGGCGGAAGUUCCUCCUCCUGAGAGCAGCAGAACUCAAACAGGGUGGACUUCUCUUCGUUACUCAGCUCCUUACAGAACUCGGAGACAACACCUCACAGUUUCGUGAUACCAACAGUUCUGUGACAAACAUCACUGAUACUCUACAGAACGGGAAGGACAUUUAUAGGAAUUUGGAUUUGGCAUGGAAUGAUCUACACACAAAUGGUAUAAUAACAACAGAGGAGUUCCAGUCGUGCACUACCCUGCAGGCUUAUCGGACUUUACAAGAACUAAAAGAUCCUUUCGAGGAUGCCACCAUGUCUCCAGUCCGACAGGCUGGUCUCAGGAUAUUAAAGGGUCCAGAAGACUUUUUGUCUCCUUGCUUUAUGAAGACAUUGUGGCGAGAAAAGUUACAGACAGAUGGCGUUGACGACAGAAAGAUGUUUGCUCGUCGUCUGGUACAAGCAUACAGACUAGUCUUGGAUGCCACCCUGAGAAAUACCCUGGAGAAAACUCGGAGUACCGAGGAACAGUCGGAUAUAAUGGAUCAGCUCUACGAAUGUUUUGUUGAACGGGUGGCCGCGUGUAACCCAGAAACUUUCCAAAGUGAACCCUAUGUGGGGCGACUUGUCGCACAGAAAUUAAAAUGAACAAUCGGUAAUUGUAGAACACAACUUCUUGUAUUUCCCCCGUAGAUACAGAGCGACAUUUUCGUCGCCAUAGUCUAUAGAAACAUCGUCCAGCUACUUGUUGCUAAAUCACACUCCACACUGAGUCAAGAUGUUAAAGCCAAGUCACUGUCAAUAAACUCAUGAGUUCAUCUUUAUUUCUUAACCAUGAUAUUUAAAGCUUCUAGUUAUUUACCCGAUCAGAAUCUGCACUGCAACAUUUCAGAAAACAUCGUCUAAAUAAGGCUUGAGCAAAGUGGAAUAAAAGCAAAUCCGAAAACAAUUCUUCUGCUUCGUUUUCAAAUGCAUUCCCUUCAUUUGUUUAUUAGUAAUAUCUUUUGGAUUAAAAUACUGGAGCUAAAAUAUGUUGAAUAUAUCUGUGAAAUAUAAGAUCAUGUGUGGGCAUGUAUAUAUAGAUAUAUAUAUAUACAGGCUUGUU